AUCCCCAGCACCAUGGACCUUCCUAAUCGUGCCAGUCAUAGAGGAGAUCAGCAGUCGCCCAUAGAAAACUUAAACCGCAGCGAAGAUGAGCGCAGCCGACAGUUGGAGCGCCUGAGUCGAGAGGAAGCAUACUACCAGUUUAUUAAUGACCUGAGUGAGGAGGACUACCGACUUAUGAGAGACAGCAACCUUCUUGGCACUCCAGGUGAAAUUACAGCAGAAGAGCUGCAACAGCGUUUGGAUGGUGCAAAGGAGCAAUUAACAUCACAAAAUGCUGUUGGAAACUAUGAACCUGAACAAAGGCAGAACCAAGGCUCUGACACACCAGGGGAAAGUUCCAGUAGCGAUUCCCUUCUUGAGUGGCUAAACACAUUCAGGCGUACAGGAAAUGCCACCCGCAGUGGACAAAGUGGAAACCAGACAUGGAGAGCUGUUAGUCGGACAAACCCCAACAGUGGCGAGUUUCGCUUCAGCUUGGAAAUUAAUAUUAAUCAUGAGCAUGAUGCUGGCAACGGUCAGUCUUUGGACCCGUCUACGCUAGAAAAUCGGGACAGAAAUGUAGAAGAUGCUCGACUGCUAAGUUUAUUGACUCCUGUUGCUAGUCGUACAAGAAGUCGCACUCGAGCCCACGUGCAAGUGACCAAUUUUGGAGGCACAGUGAGAGUUGAAGAACUUGGAGCCGCGCAAGUUAGUCCACCUUUCACUCAAAGGAGUUUCAGAAGUGCAACUAUUGACAGAAUCACAGGUAGGCUAAGGCCCAGGCGACCAAGCAUGAACCGACAAGCUGUUUUAAGUGCAGCAGUUGACCGACAAGUAGGAAGACGAAGAGCAGGACGGCAUAGUGUUAGAAGAUUGCAGGGAGACAAUCAGGAACGUCAAAGUGACCCUGCACAGUUACAAAGUCAUAGUGUUCCAACUAGUGUGAGAGAGAGUCGUGCACGCCGGCACAUGGAGCAACGUAGAUCUUCCAGGAAUUUUCAAAACCGACGGAGUCGUUCACCCUUGCAUAGAACAAGUGUUCCUGUAAAUUUUUUGGAUAGGUCUUUAUCCCACCAGGAGGAUUAUUUACAACCAAGACAAAGCACAAGGAGGCAACGGACAACGGACCAAUCCACCAUGACGACUGAGGAACUGCAGGCUGUCAGCAGCAAUCCUUCCUUGCAAUCAAUGGGUGGUGGAAUAAUUAGACAACAAGUUGUGGACGAGGGGGAUGUAAACCAUCCCAGUGGAUCCUCUGUAGCUGUUCGAAGGCACCCAACUAUUAUGUUAGAUCUUCAGGUGAGAAGGAUACGUCCUGGAGAAAGUAGAGAUCGUGACAGUAUUGCUAACAGAACUCGAUCUCGUGUCCGAAUGGCAGAAAAUACAGUGACCUUUGAAAGUGACAGUGGUGGUUUCCGCCGUACUAUCUCACGGUCUGAACUUGCAGGUAUUAGGACUUACGUUAGCACUAUCCGUAUACCUCUACGCAGGAUAUCUGAAACUGGGCUUGGAGAGCCAUCAUCCAUAGCCUUGAGGUCAAUACUUCGUCAGAUUAUGACAGGAUUCGGUGAACUAAGCUCUCUAAUGGAGAAUGAUUCCGAUUCUGAACUUAACCAAAGAGUUCAGCAGGACCAGUCUGAGAGGUCUGAUUCAGUAAGCUCGCAGAUCAGUCCUAACAGCAGUCUCUUGAAUUUAAAUAAUCAGUCAACUAACUUAUUAACAGGGGACCGAUCAGAAAGUGAGCAAAUGAAUGAAAGCAUGCAGAAUGAAACCCUUGACAAUGCUGCUGGAAGCCAAGAGACACGACCAAGUCGAGACACAAACAGUUUAGUGGAAAAUGGUACCCUGCCAAUCUUGCGGCUUGCGCACUUCUUUUUGCUGAAUGAUGAUGAUGAAGAUGAGCGCCAGAGGGGUUUGACCAAAGAACAAAUAGACAAUCUUUUGACUCGGAAUUAUGGAAACAUUAGUGCAGAAAAUGAAGUCAGCAAAACCUGCAGUGUAUGUAUUAAUGAUUAUGCAGUUGGGAACAAGCUUAGAAGGCUGCCUUGUGCACAUGAAUUUCAUAUUCAUUGCAUCGACCGUUGGCUUUCUGAAAACUCUACCUGCCCUAUUUGUCGACAACCUAUUUUGGGCUCCAGUAAUUGAUUUGAGAGGGAGUAUACAAGCACCCUGUCCAUUUUUGGAACCUUUAAGCACUAAAAGCCUGAGUUAUAGGAAUUUGUAAAACAAAUGUUAUAGAUUCUAUUAUAGAACCAUGAAAUACAUUCUUAUUGCUUCUUGCUGAAGCUUUAUUUUUUUAGACUUUUUUUUUGUUGAGCUGAGCACUUUGUCAUUGGAUUGAUUGGAACUGAAAAGUGAGCCAAGCAGAAGUAUAUAAUUGUACAUGAUUAAUCAUAUCUAAUACAUUUGUAGAUGCAAUUAUGGAUUAUAGUGUGCUGUUUUUGUUACAAGAUAACAGUGCAAAUUAACAUAAGGCAAUUGUUGUUCAGAUCUGACUAAUAGUACAAAUCAUCUGAGUAGAGUUAAAUUGCCCUUGAUCAUUGUUUAUGAUAUACAACAUGAAACUUUACAGAUUGAUAAAAUGAGCUUGGUAUUCUGCAAAUAAAAAAAACACAUUUGCAAUUAAAUAGACUGACUUUUGUGCCGAAUUACAAUGAGACUUCUGAUAUUUACCAUUG